AUGAGGUCAUUUAGGAACUCCUUGCACGAUCCGUGCACCAUAGCGACAAAUCGUGCGUUGUCAAAUACUCAGUGGCAUAAGACAUCAGGAAUGCAGGAGAAUAUGCGGGCGACGACUCCACUGGAGCUUGAAUCAAGGGCUCAACCUGGACACCAGUCUAAACUCCUGCCUGCUCUAUUCUUGGGUCUAUCAUCAGUACAUCCCUUGCGGAGAAUUAAUCAUGCUUUGCAGUAA